UUUAAUUUCAACUAAUAACAUUUUUUUUUUUUAAUCUCGAAGAACCAUGACAAAGUAGUUGAAUAUAGAGUGAAAAUUCCAACGGCUAAAUUCCAACUUAAGAAGAUUAGUAUUGUGAUUUAUAUAUCCUUCCAGCAUUUUCCAACGGUCUAACCGUUUCAGCCGACGUGGACGCCAGCUCAUCAAAUUCUCACAAUCACAAAAACUUCGUCGUCUUCAUCGCCUUAACUUUCUACCAUUUUCUGCAGGCAAGUUUUUUCACACUUCACUUGCGUCCAUACAAAUCCCUUCCAUUUGCUCUCCCUCUCUCUCUCAGGUACAUUUUCCAUACCCUAACUUCCUUCCUCAGAAGAACUUCUUAUGCCGCCGUUUUUCUUGUUGGAAGCACGUUUCGUUACUGAGAAAGAAAGAGUAACAAGAAACGCUUCAAUGUUUUACUCUGAAUCUUUUUGUACGUUUCUAUUCUAACUUGAAAUUUCGUUCUUCUGACUUCUUCUUUGCUUUAAAUCUUCUUGAUUCUUUGUUCCAUGAAAACAGAGAACAUCAAACUCGACUGUCUUUUUUUGGAGAAAUGCUCCAACAGCGUCUGUUUACGUAUUUUACUCUCGUUGUCUAUUUCACGAUUCUGACUUCACUUGCUCGGGCAUUCACUAAUCCGCCGGAUGUUAUAGCUCUUCAGGAUUUGUAUAGUGCUAUGAACUACCCACUAGAGCUUAAAGGAUGGAGAAAAGAAGGUGGAGAUCCUUGUGAGGAAUCAUGGACUGGAGUGUCUUGCUCCGGUUCUUCUGUAAUAUACCUUAAACUCCAUGGACUAAAUCUCACUGGGAAUCUUGGAGGGCAGCUCAGCAACCUCAUCAAUUUGAAGCAAUUGGAUGUUAGCUCUAAUAGACUUACGGGUGAAAUUCCGCACAACUUGCCUCCUAAUGUGACUCAUAUAAAUAUGGCAUUCAACCAUUUAAGCCAAAAUAUUCCACAUACUUUAUCUUAUAUGGGAAAUCUCCGACAUCUAAAUCUUAGCCAUAAUACUCUAUCUGGUGUGAUUGGAAAUGUGUUCACUGGUUUACAGAAUUUGAGAGAGAUGGAUUUAUCAUAUAAUGACUUUACUGGAGAUUUGCCAAGUUCAUUUGGUUCCCUGACAAACAUCACUAGACUGUUCUUGCAGAAUAACAAAUUCACUGGAUCAGUUGCCUACUUGUCUCACCUUCCAUUAAUUGACUUGAACAUCCAAGACAAUUAUUUUAGUGGCAUUAUUCCGGAAAAUUUUAGAAAUAUUCCAAAUUUGUGGAUUGGGGGUAAUAGGUUGCGUCCAGAAGUCAAUUCUCCACCCUGGGACUUUCCCCUAGAAAAAACACCUGUUGGGCAGGACAUCAGUGGUCCUCCAACAACGAAGUCAAACGCCAUCCAGAAUUAUCCCUCUUGGAGUGUAGUCAGGCAUGAGAAGAAAAGACUUGGUCCUGGUGGAAUGGUUCUCCUGGUUGGUGGGUUAACACUAGUUGUAACCUUUGCAGCACUCUUUUUAGUAUUUGCCAUGAAGAAAGUGCAUGAAAAUAACAUAAAUUUGAAGAUUGGGAACAUAUUACCCCGUUCUCUUCCUCUGGACAAAGCUGAAGAUGAUUCGUCUGCUGCACCAGAAGAAAGCUCACAAAACUUUCCCUUGGGUUCUCAACUGAUGGGUGUUCCAAGGCCUAUACCUUUAUUAAAUCACACGAGAACCGAGAAAGUAUCUGGAAGAAGAGGUUUCUCAAAGAGAUGCAGGAUUCUAGUGAGAACAAAAGUUUACACUCUGGCAGAGCUUCAAUCCGCUACCAACAACUUUAGUCAAGAGAAUCUUCUAGGAGAGGGAUCUCUUGGUGCUGUUUAUAGGGCUGAAUUUCCCGACGGCCAAGUUUUGGCUGUGAAAAAUAUCCACAUGGGAACGCUCUUGUUUACAGAAGAAGAGCAGUUUCUGGAUGUGGUAUGGACUGCUUCCCGUUUGAGGCACCCAAACAUCGUUACGCUGAUUGGAUACUGUGUAGAGUAUGGACAACAUAUACUCGGAUAUGAAUACGUUCGAAAUCUUUCUCUCGACGAAGCUUUACACUGUGAAGCAUACAUGCCUCUGUCAUGGACUGUCCGCCUCCAGAUUGCUCUUGGAGUUGCUAGGGCUUUAGAUUAUCUGCAUACGAGUUUUUUCCCUCCAUUUGCUCACUGCAAUCUAAAGGCUGCCAAUAUCUUACUGGAUGAAGAACUGAUGCCUCGUAUUUGUGAUUGUGGGCUGUCUGUUUUGAGGCCACUUGUGAGCAAUAGAGUUAAAACGAAGGCUUCUGAGAUUGUCAGUGCUGAUAGAGGCUACCUUGCACCUGAACAUGGCCAACCAGUAUUUGAUAAUACGAGAAGUGAUGUGUAUUCUUUUGGAGUGUUGCUUUUGGAGCUUGUCACAGGGAGAAAACCAUAUGACAAUUUGAAACCGAGGAAAGAGCAAUUGUUGGUGAAAUGGGCUUCAUCUCAGCUUCAUGUCAACACGAGUUUAGAACAAAUGGUUGAUCCAAGCAUCAAAGGAACAUUUUCCUCCAAGGCUCUCUCAAGCUUUGUGGAUAUUGUCUCCCUUUGUAUACAGCCUGUGAAGGAAUUUCGGCCACCAAUGUCUGAAAUAGUGGAACAUCUAACAAAUCUUCAAAGAAAGAUGGAAAUGGUGAAAUGUGUUGCUGCAUCAAAUGAAACUGAAGUGAAUCCUUUUGAGAAAUCUUUUCGUUCUACCAACACUGGCUUUGUAAGUUCUCCAGCAUAUAGCUAUUCUUCUACCCAGAAGGCUACUUGAUUUUUCAUUGACUAAUAUCCUUCACGUGUAUUAGAGUCUUUAGUAACAAUCUUCUUCGUCUCAUGUACAUACAGUUUUAACUUUGUAUCAUGUAAAUCAAAGAUCUAACAAUCUUCUUCGUUAUAUAGUCUACUUUGUUGGCUUUAUUUUGGUGUCCUAGAAUACUUUUGAAUGGACGUUUGUUCUUGAGACAUGGGAUCUUAACUAUGAUCCUUUAUAUGGUAAUAACUGCUUUAUCUCAA